UGUUAGCAGGCUAAUACACGUGACGUAGGAAGAGUCUGAAUAAAACUCAAAAGCCAUGGCAACACACUGGAGGAGAAUCCUGAUAAUGUUUGUGGCAGCUCAAGCACUAUUUGUGGUAAAUACCUUUGAGGAAGAGGAUGUGCCCGAGGAAUGGAUUCUUCUUCAUGUUGUUCAAGGGCAGAUUGGAGCUGGAAACUACAGCUAUUUGAGACUAAAUCACGAAGGGAAGAUAGUACUUCAGAUGCAGAGUUUGAAAGGUGAUGCAGACUUGUAUGUAUCUGAUAUAACUCUUCACCCUAGCUUUGAUGAGUAUGAGCUACAGUCUGUAACUUGUGGCCAAGAUGUUGUUCAUGUACCAGCACACUUCCGCCGCCCCGUGGGAAUAGGGAUUUAUGGUCAUCCCUCUCACCUGGAGAGCGAGUUCGAAAUGAAAGUAUAUUAUGAUCGAACAGUUGUACAGUACCCAUUUGGUGAGGCUUCUUACAACCCAGAAGAAAUGGAGGCAAACCAGAAAUACUCAGCAGAAGAUGAAUCUCAGGAUGAGGAGUCUCUUUUCUGGACUAUACUUUUUGGAAUAUUGAAACUAAUACUUGAAAUUCUUUUUUAAAUUGAUGUACACUGGACUAAAUCACAAUUCAGCAUGUGAAACUGAAUAUGAAUGACUAUAAUACUUAGUACUCUUUGUGAAGUUUCCUGAAGAGGUAUUUGGGUUACUUUUUCUAUACCCAGAAAGGAAGUGGGGGGAAAAGCCAUACUUCAUUCUAAAUCCUCCCCUAUACAUAAAAUGAGCAGCA